AUGGCCAAGAACCUGCGCGCCAAGAUCCCCGCAUCCGAUAUCCUCAUCGUGCGCGACGUCAACGAGGAGGCAUCGAAGCGCUUUGUUGCGGAAGCCGAGGAAGGUCGAGUCGAGAUCGCCGAGAAUGCGCGCGAAGUCGCAGAGAAGUCGACCGUAAUGGUCACCAGCCUUCCCGAGUCGCAGCAUGUUAUCGAGGUAUUCCACUCGAUCCUGAAACAUGGCGAUCUUCCACCGUUGGAGCAGGAACGUUUAUUCAUUGAUACCUCGACCAUUGAUCCGGUGACCUCAAAGGAUAUCGCCAAUGCCAUUCACACAACUCGAACUGGCCGAUUUGUUGACGCCCCAGUUUCAGGAGGUGUCGUUGGUGCGCGUGCUGGUACCCUUUCAUUCAUGUUCGGUGCAUCUUCGCAGACAGGGCAGCUACUAGACCGCGUGCGAGGUGUUCUCACUCUGAUGGGUAAGAAAGCCUGGCAUCUCGGUGAACCCGGCUCGGGUGUUUCUGGUAAGCUCGCCAACAACUAUAUGCUAGCCAUCAAUAAUAUUGCGACGGCCGAGGCGAUGAAUCUGGGGAUCCGAUGGGGCCUAGACCCCAAGGCCCUCGCUGAGAUGAUCAAUUCUUCUACUGGCCGCUGCUGGCCGUCAGAGGUCAACAACCCAGUCCCAGGCGUGGUGGAGACUGCUCCGGCGUCCCGUGGGUACGAGGGUGGAUUUGGGGUUAGCCUCAUGAAUAAGGAUCUUCGUCUGGCCCUCGCUGCAGCUGAGAAAUCCGGUACUCCUCUGGCAUUGGGAAGCCAGGCACGCGAAGUGUAUAAUGCCGUCGAACAGCUUCACCGGGGCAAGGACUUCUCAGUGGUUUAUCAGUGGUUGCAGGGCAAGUCUGAACCUCAAUAG